AUGGAAAUGCUCGCCGCGCCCGCGCCCGCCGCGCUCUCGCCCACCAAAGUGCUGUUUGCAGACAGCUUCGCGGACGACGAGGGCCCGCCCUUAUCCCCCGCCGCGCGGCCCUACACGGCAUCUCUGCUAGCGGACCGCCCAGGAACAACAGCGUCGAGUUCGAGAGGCCGGAGCCCGGCGCGGACGCCAGUCACCUCCCCACUCCGUGUUUCUUUUGACGAUCUCGCGGCGCCUGUAGAAGCACCUACGCGAAGGACCACGACGAAAUUGCAUGUGGACGAUGGCAUUCCCCACUCCCAGAAGUAUAGAACUAGAAGAAGCACGGGACCUGUCAUGACGCGAGACUUAACGAGAGCCGGACGGCAAGCUUCUGUGAAUGACGUGGGCACGCGCAACUUCACGAUACCCAAGGACUUGACCGCUUCUCUCUUCUCGGCGAACGACGAAAGCGAACGCAUCCUCCAGUCCUUUGCGGGGAACAAUUUUUCAUCAAUCAGUUCCUUGCCGGUCAAGCUGCUCCCAGGCAACGUCAUCAAGGAACUCGUGAAGAGACAAGAGAGCCAUAGCGAGUUCCACGUCGGGCCUGUGUUCUUACCGACCUCGAAAAAUGAAAAGCGCCCGACGAAAUGGCAAGCUUGGCCGAUGAAAGAAUACGUAAAUGCUCACUGUUCCAUAGACUACUCGAGGGAACCGACGCCCAAGAAGGUCUACCCCAACUACCUAUCGUCGGGUACUGAGGACGAUAAAGCGCCUCCUAAAUUCAAGCUUGGGAAUGACUGGCGCGCCGACGUAAACAAACCCAAGCCCUGGUGCAACAUGCUCAGUAAGGAUCUAGACAAGGAGCCGGAGUACAAGACGUCGCCGUACCCGCGGCGGAAGCGGUUUCCCGAAUCUCGGCCGGAGUGGUUGGAUCCUAAUUUAAGGAGUGCAUGGCCGAUGGCGUCGACGUACGAAUUUUUGCCUGCUGGCCGUUCUGUGAAACGCAUCCGUCCCCUCAAUAAAGCUAUUUUAAGGAAGCUGAGAGCGAUGAUUGAGAAGCGGUGGCCCCGGCUGGCUUUUUCUAUUGAACAGGCGCCCGAGGACUGCCUCCGUAUUGUUGUAGAGAAGGCCUCGUUCGACCCGGCGUCCCAUCUGGCCCUGCGGGCAUUUUUACGGAACCUGACCUGGGACGACCGGCUGCUCGAUAGACGCGUGGCGUUCAAGCACUCCGAGGAGGACACCGAGGCGACGGUGAGCGCGCUGUACUACGUCCUGCGGACCGGCGUGAAGCCCCACGCCUCGAAGACGAGCUUCGGGCACAUUAAGUAGUGAGAUUAGUCUACGUUUCGCGGCGGUAGCGUAGGAGUUCGAUCCGGGCCGCGUCGGCGUCGGCCGCGACCAUGCCGCGACCCACUGCUUCGAAGACUCGCGGCGGUCCGCGUCGAGAGGACUCCUACGCCACGAGCCCGCGCCUCGCAUCGAUGGCGUGGGGCCGCGCCGUGACCCCGCACGACCAUUUUCAUUUGGCAGCGCUGCACGGCGUUCGCGGCUCCCGCGGCGCCAGUGCUCGACAUAGCCGUUGCGAUGCGGUCGACAUAAAUCGAUUAGUCGCCUCGGCGCGAAUAACAGCUGCCCAACAACAGGACGAUGCCCGAGUCCAAGGCCCAGCGCAAGGCCCGCAUGAAAGCAGAGAAGAAAGCUAAAUUAGAGGCCAAGCGCGCCGCGGCCAAGGACGAGCGCGCGCUCCGCGAGGACGCCGAGCGCGCCGCGGAAGUCGCGAACGCGGCGAUCAAGGUCUACGUGGACCGCGGCAUCGACGAAGUGACCGGACCGCUCAUCACAAAUGCAAUACAAGGCGCUCUAGAUGAUGCAAUCUGGCUCCAACCUGCAGCGGCGCCCGCGCCCGCGCCCGCGCCCGCGCACGAACCACCAAAAUGGGCUGUAGGAGACGUCGUGGUCUGCGAUUUAAGGUUGCCCGUCGCCCGCCAAAUAUGCGAAGAGAAGCGCGAGGAAUUGGAGGAAGCUCGAGGUUUGUUAGUGGAGGCCCAGGCGGCGGCCGACGAAAAACCGGGCGAUCGCGACGCCAUCCAAGCAUUGUACAAGGCGCAGAACCGGUUGCCGGACUUCGAAGAAGCUUUUCAGGAGGCCGAGGACUACGUCCAUUCGUUGGUCGUGGCCGGCCUGUCCGCGAAGGAUGGAGGUGUCGUCAUUGUCGGUACGGUGCGCGACAUUAUCAUAUCAGAUGAAGCCCAGGCCCUAGAACAGUACUGGGACGACUACGCGGAAAAGGAGAAAGAUCUCGGGGAGAUUUUGAACGAGCGACCGGACCUGUUGAUGCAAGCCCGGGCGCGUUUGGACGACGUCCCCGCCUGGGGCGAGCAACCGAAGCUAUCAAUCGCGGAAGUGGCGAAGCAGCUCUUCGCGUCUGGAGACAUGUUCGACGUCGCGUUGGUCGAGGAGUGCUGGAAGCACCGGAACCCUCCACAAAUACCGGAGGGCGACGCCGAAAGGCCGAACACGGCCGCGCGCGACGCCGCGGCGGACAUCACGCAGAGUGUGUUGGACGAUCUUGGUGACGACGACGACGAACAGGACGCCGGCGAGGACGCUGCCGCCGCUGCCGAAGCCCUAGCGGCGAAGAUCGCCGCGGCCGAGGAGGCGGCCGCGGCCGAUCAAGUGGUCGAGGAGGAGGCCCCUCCCGCAGAGGAACCAGUAGACGAGUGGCAGGAGACCGUGAAAGAGCAAUUAGCGAAGGUCGAGGACAUGCUGAAGGACGAUCCCGAGAACGAGCAGUUCAAGGAAUUGAGGCAGACGCUGCUUGACGAGAUCGCGAAGGCGCCCGCACCUCCACCGGAACCCUACGCCGUCAAAGGGCAAGUGAGUUGCUAUGUCAUUGAGCGACAUAAUGGGCAGAUGGUGGUCAUGCCUUUCGAUUGGUGCGAGAAGUACCGACCGGUCGACGUGAGCGAACCCGACGUCUCGAGGUACGACCCCUUCUUACUCGCAGAAGACCAUCUUGCAGAAACGGUGAACGAGCUCCAGAUCGGUCUGGUGAGGGCCCACUCACUAGCCAUAAGAGACUUGAGGAAGUGGUACCAGAAAAAAGACACUAUCGAGUCCUCCGAUCCGAGGGUCGUGUUUUCGAUCAAGGGUCGGCCGGACAUCCAGCUAAGAUCUACUGUGAGAGAAAAGACCCUGUCCCCGGCCUGGGCCGAGUCCUUUGAGCUCGAACUCAUGUGGGAUGAGAUCAAGGAGGACCCUACCCUUACCAUACGUAUAGAAGAUUACGACGGUAAACUCUCAAAGUCCGAGUCGAUGGGCAUCUGCGAAAUUCCAUUGAGCGGGAGGGAACAUACGCGUUCUAGGGAAUGGUAUACUUUACAAGUAGACCCAUCAAACAAGAAGGGCCUCGUGACCGGAGAAGUCGAAAUUGUCCUAAGGUGGCGCCACGUCCCUUCUAGGGUCUUCAAGCCCUUCGCUGGCUUGGAAGAUAACCUCCAGAAGUGCCCCAACGAACUUAUCAUAGGAUUGGGACGAGGUCGAAACCUACCGAUCAUGGACCGGAGUCUCUUCAGUAAGGGUGGCUCUUCUGACCCUCGAGUAGUCGUGUGGAUCGAAGGUGUCGAUGAACCUUUGGUGUCAUCCACGAAGAAGAAGUCCCUGAACCCUUGUUGGCGGGAGGUCUUUAAGUUGGAAGUGCCGCCUACCUUAGAGGACCCCAUACUACGUAUAAAGUGCGAGGACUGGGAUUUAGUAGGGAAGCCCGAUUCCAUGGGGUUGGUUGAUGUCCCGCUCAUAGACUAUAGGAUACAACUAGGAUUCACGUCGAUCGAUCAUCGCCAGAAGACGCGGCAGUGGCUCGCAUUGGGUCCUGAUCCCAAGGCAAAAAAACUAAAACCACAAGGUGAGUUGGAAAUAGAGCUCUGGAUGCGCUACUCCCUCGAACUCGACUUCGACCCGUUCCUAGAUCGAAACUUCUUCAAAAUCGAAAGGCCGAACGAGUUGCAAGUCGGGUUGAUACGAGGCCGCGAUUUAGCCGCGAAGGACGGCGGCACGUUCACGACGGCUACGUCCGAUCCGCAAGUCGUUUUUACCAUAAACGGCACGGAACUCGUCUACAAGUCGACCUACAAGGUGAAAACUCUGGCCCCGCGGUGGAACGAAAUAUUUUUAAUUGAAUUCGAAGAUGGCAUGACCGAGGAUGAUACGCCUACUUUAAGGUGUACUUGUGAGGACUACGACGAUUUUUCCGCGAACGACUUCAUGGGCUUCGUGGAGUUUGACAUUAGGAAGUAUACGCAUCGGCGGCAUCGCGACUGGUACGACUUGCUCCCAGAUCCGAAGAGGCCCAAGGAACAAGUGUCUGGGAAGUUGGAAAUUGUGCUGCGGUGGUGGCACAACCCGGAAUUGGCCUGGGAGCCCUUUCUUGACUCGACGGAUGUGGAUGACGUAGAGCCGAACGAGUUGUUAGUCGCGCUCGUGAGGGGAAGGGAACUCGCACCGCGCGACGCCUGCGGUCUGUCGUUCAAGCCCGUCACGAGCGACCCGCAAGUGCGGUUUCGGAUUAUUGAUACGGACGAAAGGCAGCAGUCCACACAUAAGAUAAAAACGUUGGCACCGCGGUGGAACGAAGAGUUCGGCCUUUAUUGCGUGCCCGGUGAACUGCCCGUCCUCAGAGUCGUAUGUGAGGAUUAUGAUAAGUGGUCAGCGAAUGACAGCAUGGGCGUGUUUGAAAUCGACUUGCAUGAAAUAAAAACGUUGCUGGCGCAGCCGCGGUCGCGGCAUCGCGCCUGGUUCCAACUUGAGACAGAUCCGGCGUGUCCGAAGGAUCCCGUAACUGGUGCGCUGGAAUUAGUGCUGAGGUGGCGCCACAACCCGGAACUGCAUUUUACGCCCUUUGGCGGUUUUGUCGAACCGGAAAAGUACCUGGAGAAGCCGCCUAAUGAAUUGCGCGUGUGUUUGAUACGAGGCAAAGGUUUAAUUCCUCGGGAACGCUCAAAAAGGAAGGACGACCCCGGGUCGGCCUCGCCGCGGUGCGUGUUUACGUACGCCGGGAGCGACCUACGCGUCGCGAGUGAACAUAGAGAAGCGACGCUGUCGCCGACCUGGAAGCAGGAACUUAUCUUACCGAUCGAGGAGUUCCAGAAGUCCGUGGAGGGUCCUCACUUAUCUGUUAAGCUAGAAAGCGUCGCUUCCGGUAGUAGCAUGGGUACCUUCGAAGUACCCCUAAGGCCGGCCAUGCAUUCUCUGUACAGAACGUGGUGCGCCGUAAUGCCCGAUGCUGAUGGCAAGGAGGUCAAAGGGCGCGUGGAGAUCGCGCUGUACUGGGGUUACAAUCCCGAGUUGGCCUACGAGCCUUACGAGGAGGAGGUCGACGAGUAUCCCACAAAAGUUAGAAAUGAGUUAUUAUUAGCUGUCGUGCGCGCGCGCGAUCUAGCGCCGAAGAAGGGCGGUUUAUUUUCGACAGGUGGUUUACCUAGUCCUUCCGUGAGACUGCGGGUCCCCGGGACAGAUGUGGAAGUGACCACAACCAAGAGGAAGAACACGCAGCACCCCGUCUUCAAAGAAGAAUUUAAACAGGAGUACGAGGCCUCGGAUGAGAGGAAACCGGGCUUGAUGGAGGUUAUUGUCGAACACAACAAAAAAGUACUGGGCAUAGGUAUCCUACCUCUGUCCGGUGUGAGAAGGGAGUUUCGGUUAAGACAAUGGCUCACGCUGAAAGACCCAGAAACAAGAAAUGCGAGCGGCAGUAUUUGUUUGAUAGGAUGCUGGCGGCACAACCCCGCCUUAGUGUUCGACCCCUUCGGGGGCCCUGUCAUCCACAAGGACCGGUUGCAGAACGAACUGCAGAUAUCUGUGUAUCGAUGUCGCUGUUUACCGCUGCGCGAGAACGGCAACGAGCCCUCUCCCUCGGUGUCUGUGGCUCUCGGCAUGGCACCCGCUGUCAAUACAGAUAAGAAGAAGGCCCAAGCCGCGCCCACGUUCAAGAACAACUUUGCGUUCAAUGUGGAGGUCGGUGAUCCUGUUGACUGUGAUAUAACAGUAUAUGACCAUCAAACGAUAAGCAAGAAGGUGAUCGGGAUUGUCAAGCUCCGCGAUUUAACAGAGGGCCUCUCGAAUCGAUUGCCCUUCCGGAAGUGGUAUCCUCUGGAAUCGAAGGACGCGCAGUAUGUCGAACGGCCGCUCAUAGACCCGCCGCGAGCGCCGGGCGAGGAGGCUCGCAAGGAGGACGCGCCGCUCGGCCAAGUCCAGCUCUUAUUUAGAUGGCGGCACAACCCGGCCUGCGAGCCGCAACUAUUAGGGGAUUUGAUGGACACGCCGGCGAAAGAGGCGAACGAGUUGCUGGUGCUGGUGGGAAGAGCGCGGGACCUGAGACCUUCACGUCUAGAGAUACCUGAUGAGAUAAAAAUCAAAGAUAGCAUGUUCGGCAAUAGUACAGAGGAGGGGAAGAUGCGGGCGUUUUUGCAAGCGUCCUACGUGAUUGAUGAGGAAUCUACAUCCAUAAAUACUCGACUCCAAAAAGGCACGUACGGGCCGCGCUGGUUCGAACUUUUAAGGGUUGGUUUACAUGAACACGCCGUGGACACGGACGAAGUGUCUGACUUGGCAAUUGAAAUAAGAGAUCGGAUAGUGAGAGGUACUGAUGGCAACCAGCCGAUCCUCGGCAGUAUUACAUUGGACCUGCGAGACGCACUUAAACAGCGCCGCAAACACUCAAAUGAGGAACUACCGGCGCCGGACUGGCGCUGGCACUCUUUGAUCAAACCCGAGGUCCCCGUCAAGAAGCUAGCUUUUAACGAGGAGCCGCCUCCCCCCGACCCUCUAGCCACGCUCAAAAUCGCGUAUCUCUUCCGACACGACCCCGAUCGAGCGCCGGAGUACUACACUGGGCCCGAUCUGUUCCCCGCCGAAGAACCGAACGAGUUGAGGUUAGCUAUUGUCGCCGCGAGAAAUCUCGGCAAGCGCCCCGACUUACUCAUUUACCAGAGACCGAAGACGCCACCUAAGUUAGAAGAAGGCGCACGUAUUGAAUUCGAAGGCAAGGGAGGUUUGGUGAUCCAAGCGCCGGACACGAAAGGGGGCUGGUGGAAAAUACGUUUAGAUGGAGAGGCCAAGCUCAAAUCGGUAAGGGCACCGAAGCUCACCGUGCUCGAGGGGGCCAAAAGGGCAUCAAAAUCCUCGCGGGCCUCGACGGCGGCGGGCCCGGCGCCGGCGCCGGCGCCCGCGCCGGCCGCGGCGCCGGCGCCCGCCGCGCCCUGGGCCGAGGAUUUGUCAAUCGCCUCGGCCGUGCCGCCGGACGCCGGCUCGCCCUUCCCUUCUACGUGGGUCCGCGUCUCGGCCCACAUCUCCAAGACGACCAUCGAGACGGAGAUCGUCCAGAGGACCCGGCGACCCACGUAUGGAGAGGAGUUCACGUUCGAGGUCGACGAGCUCUUGCUGGAUCAGGUCGUCGAUGACACUUCUACUGUUAAAAUAGAGGUCUUUGAUUCGCGGGGCGACGAGGAUACGUGUCUGGGUGUCUGUACGGUGCCCAUCCUUCCGAUGCUCGACAAGAACGUGAGAAGGCGGUGGAUGGCCCUCGACUCGCCUUAUGCGAAGCCGUCCUGCAAGGGCGCGGCUUAUGGGGACGUGCCCGGCUGGUCGCGCUUGAAAGAUGUACUCCAUGAGAAAGAUAUUGCGCCCCUCGGUCUACUCGACGUGUGUCUACGGCUGGAGACGGGCGCGGAAAGAGCUGCCUACAUGGCAUCACCUAUAGGAAGAAUUCGACGGGCGUGCCGCAAGUACCGACUCAAAGAAGGGGAGGACGCGAUAUUGACUCUGCGACGCGUCAAAGUCUCGCUCAAGAACUGUACCUUGAUCACGGCGCUCCUGGACCCGCAAAUUGCGAGAGACGCCUUACCGGACGCCGUCGCACCUCUCCUGAUAAAGGCCGAUCUGCGGACCUGCGGUUUAGAUGGUGAGAAGCUAGAGAGAUUGGCUCAAGCGCUGCCUCAGAAUAAUAUACUGAGGGAGAUCGACCUCUCCGGAAAUAAUUUUGAUGACGGAAAUCGGACCAAGGCCGUCCAGAGGCGCUACGAGGCCGAUAUCGUGCAGGACACGGGCCACGGCUUCCGCAUGGCCUUCGGGAAGAAGACGAUUGCGGAGCACGUCUUAUCAGAUGAAUACACCGUGAAAGACGACGAGGAUUCUUUGGCGGCGAAUAUCGGACUCAAAGCGUUGGGCGAGGCCCUGAAGACCAAUACUGGACUAGUAUCAAUAAACCUGUCCGAGAGCCGCGUCGAGGCGAACGGCCUCGCGGCUCUAUCACAGGGGUUAAGGAGGAACGCGUCCCUGACCGAACUCAAGCUAGCAAGGAACAUGGUCUGCGACGUCAGUCCGCAGGGCUGGGGCGCGCACUCGUCGCGGGGCGUCGACGCGCUCGGCGAGGCCCUUGCGUACAACGACACGCUGCAGAAGCUGGAUCUGUCGCAGAACCAGUUGUGUGGGGUCACAAGCCCGUGGUGUUCUGGUUCGAAAGGGACCUUCGCGCCCGGGGCGCUCUUGGCUCUGCGACGGCCGCUGUCUCGGAACGCCGCGCUUCGCGAAUUGAAUCUGACGGACAACGGGGUCCUGGAAACGGCCCGGCCGCUGGUCGACGACCUGAGCGGCGCGCGGUUGAGGGGAGGCGGCGACUUCCGGUUGCUGGAGCGCGUCGGCCGGGCGAAGCGGGCCUACUGCAUUUUGAGAAGGGCGGAGUACUACGCCGAGGUGGCUGCCAAUGCGCGGGGCGAGUCGGCCUACUAACAUUUGUGUGC